AUGACGCCUGUACCUACGAUGGACAAAACUUAUGCUGUUAAUCUGGAAAGAAGCUCUUCAGGUUCUGAUUUUUCAACAAACCAAGUUUCCGUUUCUCCACUGUCAGAUGCAGCUUCAACUAUAACAUCUGCCUACACUAUUAUGUCUUACUCUACGCCUGUCAAAUCAGAACCCAAAAGUAUGAAAGAACAGCUGGAUCUCAGUCAACAUGUGAUGGUACAGUCUCAUCUGUUUCGCACGCCCGCGUCUUCGUUAGACCCUCAGAAAUCUCUGCAGAUCGUGGUGACAAAAAAGCCGCUUAGUUCAGAUUUAUGUAUUGCGCCAUUGCCCGAUCAAGACGCAACCGGAAAGAUGCAGCGUAAACGCAGUAAUGUGAAACGACGAGAAUCUGGCGGACACUGUCCACCUCGUAAAAGGACUUGUCAGAGUUUCGAAGAAUUACAGAAUCAAAGGGUUUUAGCUAAUGUCCGAGAACGCCAGCGGACUCAGAGUUUGAAUGAAGCUUUUUCUGCACUCAGAAAAAUCAUCCCAACUUUACCUUCUGAUAAGCUCAGUAAAAUACAGACUCUAAAACUAGCAAGUAGGUAUAUUGACUUCUUGUAUCAAGUCUUGAGAAAUGACGACCACGAUAGUAAACUGACAAGCUCGUGCAGCUAUGUAGCGCACGAGCGGCUCAGUUAUGCAUUUUCAGUCUGGAGGAUGGAGGGUGCCUGGUCAGGACACUAG